GCCCCCCUGACAGCGUCUGCAGCCGCCGCCGCGAGAGCAUCCUCCGCGCCCACCGCCGCCGCCUCAGCCACCGCCGCGCCGCCGCCUCAGCCGCCGCCCGCCGCCGCCGCCUCGCCGAGGGAAGGGAAGCGUAUCGUAUGUCCGCUAUCCAGAACCUCCAACCCUUCGACCCCUUUGCUGAUGCAAGUAAGGGUGAUGACCUGCUUCCUGCCGGCACUGAGGACUACAUCCAUAUAAGGAUCCAGCAGCGGAACGGCAGGAAGACCCUCACCACUGUCCAGGGCAUCGCGGAUGAUUACGAUAAAAAGAAACUGGUGAAGGCCUUCAAGAAGAAAUUUGCCUGCAAUGGUACUGUGAUCGAACACCCUGAAUAUGGAGAAGUGAUUCAGUUGCAAGGUGACCAGCGCAAGAACAUAUGCCAGUUCCUCGUAGAGAUUGGACUGGCUAAAGACGACCAGCUGAAAGUCCAUGGGUUUUAAGUGCCUGUGGGUCACUGAAGCUUUAUGCAAGAAGAUUUCCUUACAAUGAAAUUCCCAUCUGUCCCUUGUCAUAAGUUUAAAACCAGCCGGUUUGUGUAAUGUAACAAUCUUGGGUCCACUGUUCAGUCUGGACUAGUGUAAUUCAGUGAUGUAAUAAACUGACACGAGCCCAUGCUAUCUCGUCUUGCUGUCCCUCAUUUAACAGAGGUAAAUCGGGCGUUUGGCACUGCCCGGCCUGAAGCUAAAAGUAACCAGAUGUUCCAAGUUAAGCCAAGGGACUCGGCCUGUCAGUCCAGAGACCGUCCGGAUCUCUCCUCAGUCCAGCGGCUCUUCCGUUUCCAUGCACGGUAACUGGCGGUGCCUCCUGCAGCCCCGCACGGAGCGAGGCAUUGAGCGCGAGCUGUGGCAUGGCCUGGGGAGACAGGACCUUCACUCUAGGCAGUGUUUGCUCCUGGUGGUAGAGGGAUUUGGGGAAAAUUUGACUUUUGAACAAGAAGAGUGACUGAAGAGUGACUUCAAGGCUGGAUGCCUGCAAUUCUGGCCUGGCAGGUGCUGGUGUCGUACAAGCCCAAAGAUACCGGGCAGUGUACUUGAAGGAACCAGUACCUUGGGUUAAACUUUUGACAAGGGAUCAAUUUUGGACUAAUGUAACAAGUAUCGUUGUAGAUAGAGCUGCAGAGCUUACGUGUUACUAGCAACUGCUGCCUAAUGCCCUGUGAAGUAACAGAUUUUUGGUUUCAUUUUUAAUGUUUUAUGUAAUAUAUUUAAAGUCUUAUUUAAAUAAAAAUGGUUUUCAAAAGCA